AUGGCUGCCAUUAAACCCCGCGAGCGGCGGGAGACCUACUUCUUUCCCGCAGCGCCCAACCGGGCCGCCACUGGGACCAAUGCUUCCAAGAGCCGGUCGUUUCCUGAAGAAAACGGAGAGCAAAAACCGACGAUUGAAAUAAUUCGGCGCAAGCCCGACCUUGUUAGACCAGGUAAACGAACGUUUUCUUUCAAUAUCCCCAUCUUCUAUGAGGACCUCUGGGCAGACUACGAGAAGGGCACGGCGACAGAGUCCCUCAUCAACUCCGUCAGUCAUUAUUCACAUCCGACCUUCCUUCGCCUUCUAUGCUGUUACCACUAUGACCAAUCGACCUUUUUUGUGUGGGAACCCGUGGAGUUGUCGUUGGCACAAGUCAUUGGGUCCAAGUACCCGAUUCGGGAAGCCGAACUGACCUCGAUAGUAUGGCCGGUCAGUUACGAAUUCCGCUUCUUGCCAUUGGAAUAUGAGCGUCGCGCUCACAUACAUACUCCAGAUCAUCCAGGGUAUUCGUUCUGGGAGUGUGAAGAUUGGUCUGUGCUGCUCCGGCUUCUGAUGCUAGGACUGACUGAUUGCGUAAUUAAUACGGAGGACAUGAAUGCUGCAACGCUGAAGCUCUUUGCACUAUCCGAUAUUAUAACCGGACUUCGGAAGCAAAUGAGUCCGAUCGACCCUUGGAGUCCCCGGGCGCAGAAUCUGCCGGCACGGCUGAUGAGCACGCCUUUGGAUGAUCUAUUGGGGGACGAUAUUGUUGCCGAAUCGAAAGGUGGGGAGCUGAAGAUGUUAGUCAACAUUCUCAGUAAAAUCAGCCAUUAUGAUGUCAAAUUUCCUUAG